AUGUUAUACUUUUUGUAAUCAAUUGAUCAGUUUGGAGUUGAGUAAAAACUGUAAAUUCCCCCAAUUAACCCUACAUAAAAAAGUGCUUUAGGAGGAUUAAUAACUCUCGCUUUAUAUGGAGUCAGCUUAGGAUAUUUUCUAUUCCAAUUCAUUGAUUGGCAAACAAAUAAUAAACUUCCUAAAAUUACUUCUCUAUAUUAAUAGAUUGAUGCUAACUAAACUAUUGUAUAAAGUGGAGUAUUUAUUGAGAUUUCUUAUUAUUAAAAGCUGAAUAAUUAGAUUGAUCCUUUUAAUCCCAAACAAUUGAUCUUUAAUCCAAUUUUCUAAUUAGUACCAAAUAAUUGGGAUGAAUUAUCAAACUUAACUCUUCGUUUCGAAUAAGAAUAGUCAGAAAGUGGUAAAAUUAUCAAUAAGUUUUUUAUUGAUGAUAUUGAAAUUAUAAAAUCACAACCUGCCUAAUCUCAAAUAAGUUCAAGAGAAUAUUAAUUAUUACUUGGGUAUUGUAGAUAAGAUCAAUUAAUACAAGGACACUAGUGUGCUGAUGAAGAAACUAUCAAUCAAUUUUAUGAUCAAGAGAACUAUUUUCAAGUUUAAUUAUACAUUGAAUAGUUCAAUCCAAAAACUAAGCAAUUCAAAAAAGUUCCGAAAUUUUUUAUUUUUGACAUGAUGCCAGGUUCGCUUUUUUAAAAUUAAUUUACUUUAUAAGCAGGUGAAUUGGAAUUAGAUGAUGGAUUUUUCUUACCAAAAAACACCAAGUAUUCCUAUCUCUCUGAUGUAUAGAUUAUAUAGACAACUUAUGAUUGGCCAUAUUCAAGAAAGGUUUAUGGGGAAGAAUUAAUUUCCCUUUUAUUUUUUACUUUAGAUUAAAUAAAACUAGUAAACAAUGUUGAAUAUCCAAAAAUAUCUGAGAUACUUGCAGAUACUGGCUCAAUUAUAUAAUGGAUUCUUUCAAUUUCAUUUUUAGUUUCUAAAUAUAAUGAGAAUAUUUGUUUGUAAAAAGCUUAGAGAGAGAUAAUUAGUAUGUACUAUCAUGAUUUCACAGAUUUUUAAAUAAAUAAGAAUUGGUUAAGUAAAAUAAAGAGUGUCAACUUUAAAGGGAGAGAGUAUGAUCCUUCUAAAUCAGAAGAAAUCUUGAAUAGAUUGAAUCGAAUGGCAGUUGAAAAGAUGAAUUAUUUGAAUUUAUAAAAUGAAGUAGCUAAAUUAUAAUUAAUAUUAUAAGAACAUUUAGGGUUAUAGCAAAUUAAAAAAUAUUUAGAAACAAAAUAUAAGCUUGAACAUCUAUUUGAUAAAUUAUGUAUACCUGAGAAGAACAUACAAUCUACGAAUCAAAUUCUUCCAUCAGACAAUUAAUAUAUAAGAAAUCAAUAAUAAUAGCUGAGUUCGGAGACUGAUAUCUUGCAUUAAAAAGAGAUUACUUUAGAUUAAGAAUUUGAUGAAAGAAUCUAUUUAUUAGUCAGUAAAAAUAUACGAAAGCUACUACCAUCAUCUCCUCCAAACCAAGAAAAUUAAGAUAGUUCACAAAAUAUCAAUUUAUAGGUGAUGAAUCUUGAAUAAUCAUAAUCAUACUUGAAAUGA